CUCACUCAACUCUCACAGUCUCACUCCCUAAUCACCAUCCCAGUUCGAAGCAAUGUUACCUUGUCCGUGCUUCUCUUCUCUUAUUCUUGUAUUACUCCUAUGCAUCUCUGGAGUAACCUCAUCCUCGUCCACCGUAAACAUCACUAAGAUUGGACUAGGCUACCGUCUAAUCUCCAUCGAAGAGACCCCCGAUGGUGGCCUUCUGGGUCUUCUCCAAGUGAAGAAGAAGAACAAUAUCUACGGUCCUGAUAUCCCUAAUUUGCAGCUCUUUGUCAAGCAUGAAACGGAAAAUCGAUUGAGGGUCCACAUCACCGACGCGGAUAAGGAGAGAUGGGAAGUGCCUUACGAUCUCUUGCCCAGAGAGCAACCUCCGGCUUUGAAGAAAACAAUAGCGAGAUCUAGAAAGAACCCAAUUACGGCUUCAGAGUAUUCUGGCUCUGAUUUCAUCUUUAGUUAUAACACUGACCCAUUUAGCUUCGCAGUGAAAAGAAAAUCAGAUGGGCAAGUUCUCUUCGAUUCAAGCUCUGAUCCGUCAGACCCACAUAAUGAUUUGGUUUUUAAGGACCAGUACUUAGAGAUUUCGACCAAAUUGCCCAAAGAUGCUUCUCUUUACGGCCUGGGAGAGAACACGCAGCCACACGGGAUUAAAUUGCACCCAAAUGAUCCAUACACUCUGUACACGUUGGACAUCUCUGCAAUUAAUCUGAAUACUGAUCUAUAUGGAUCUCACCCGGUGUACAUGGAUCUGAGGAAUGUGGGAGGACAGCCAUUUGCACAUGCGGUUCUGUUGUUGAACAGCAACGGCAUGGAUGUGUUUUACACAGGAAAUUCUUUGACAUACAAGGUUAUUGGGGGUGUAUUGGACUUUUACUUCUUCGCUGGACCUAGCCCGCUUAGUGUUGUUGACCAGUACACCGCCUUAAUUGGUAGACCAGCUCCAAUGCCUUACUGGUCUUUCGGAUUCCAUCAAUGUAGAUGGGGUUACCAUAAUCUCUCUGUGGUUGAAGAUGUUGUAGAAAGUUACAAAAAGGCUCAAAUUCCACUUGAUGUGAUCUGGAAUGAUGACGAUCACAUGGAUGGCCACAAGGACUUCACCCUCAACUCGAAAAACUACCCCCGACCAAAGCUCUUGGCAUUUUUGGAUAAAAUACAUAGCAUGGGCAUGAAGUACAUUGUCAUCAUUGAUCCUGGAAUUGCUGUUAAUUCGAGCUAUGGUGUUUAUCAAAGAGGUAUCGCCGAUGAUGUUUUCAUUAAGUACGAAGGAGAACCCUUUUUAGCUCAAGUUUGGCCUGGAGCUGUCAACUUUCCCGACUUCCUCAACCCAAAGACAGUUUCGUGGUGGGGUGAUGAAAUUCGUCGCUUUCAUGAACUUGUUCCUGUUAAUGGUCUAUGGAUUGAUAUGAACGAAGCUUCAAAUUUCUGUUCUGGCAAGUGCAAAAUACCGGAGGGCAAGAUAUGCCCGAGUGGAACUGGACCUGGCUGGGUCUGUUGUUUGGAGUGUAAGAAUAUAACAAAGACAAGAUGGGAUGAUCCACCGUACAAAAUAAAUGCUUCUGGAAUCCAGUCACCAAUUGGGUACAAAACAAUAGCCACCAGUGCAGUUCAUUAUAAUGGCGUAUUGGAGUAUGAUGCUCAUAGUCUCUAUGGAUUCUCUCAAUCUAUUGCAACUCAUAAGGCUCUCCAAGGGCUUGAAGGCAAGCGACCAUUUAUAUUAUCCCGCUCUACUUAUGUUGGUUCUGGCAAAUAUGCUGCACACUGGACUGGUGAUAAUCAGGGUACUUGGAAUGAUUUGAAGUACUCCAUCUCCACUAUGCUGAACUUUGGUAUAUUUGGGGUGCCAAUGGUGGGGUCAGAUAUUUGUGGGUUCUAUCCCCAACCCACUGAAGAGCUUUGCAACCGCUGGAUUGAAGUCGGUGCUUUCUACCCUUUCUCAAGGGAUCACGCAAACUACUACUCCCCAAGACAAGAGCUUUAUCAAUGGGAGUCUGUGGCUGAGUCUGCUCGAAAUGCCCUGGGAAUGAGGUAUAAGCUCCUUCCAUAUCUGUACACUUUGAGCUAUGAGGCUCACAUCAGUGGAGCCCCAAUUGCCAGGCCGCUGUUCUUUUCGUUCCCGAACUACACUGAAUGUUACGGGCUGAGCACUCAAUUCUUGCUGGGAAGCAGUCUCAUGGUGUCUCCAGUACUUGAGCAGGGGAAAUCAGAGGUCAAAGCUCUCUUUCCCCCAGGUACAUGGUACAGCGUAUUUGAUAUGACACAAGGCAUUGCAUCUAAAGAAGGAAAGCAGGUAACCCUUGAUGCACCUUUGCAUGUUGUUAAUGUGCAUUUGUAUCAGAAUACUAUACUACCAAUGCAACGGGGUGGAAUGAUUUCUAAGGAUGCAAGAAUGACACCUUUUAGCCUAAUCGUGACCUUCCCAGCUGGGGCAAGUGAGGGACAAGCUACGGGAAAUGUUUUCCUCGACGAUGAUGAACUUCCAGAAAUGAAACUCGGAAAUGGCUAUUCAACACAUGUUGAUUUCUAUGCAACUGUGAGCCAGGGUUCAGUGAAGGUCUGGUCAGAAGUACAGGAGGGUAAGUUUGCUCUCGACAAGGGUUGGAAAAUAGAAAAGGUAACUGUGUUGGGGUUGGGUGGAAAUGGAGUGGUUUCCUCCCUUGAAAUUGAUGGACAUGCCGUGGCAGGUGGUUCGGACAUAGAAUUCAGUUCAUCAGAACAACAGUACAAGGAAGAGCAGGAAGGCAAUGGCGAUAGUAAGACGAGUGUAAUGGUGGAAGUUAAUGGUUUGGAACUGAUGGUUGGAAAAAACUUCGUUAUGACCUGGAAAAUGGGUGUCCAAGCUUGAUUGAGCAUGAGAAGCUUCACUGGUUCAAUUAGAUUAAAUGGGAUUGCACUUUUAAACUUCUAGAUUCUUGACGCUUUUCUUUUCUUAAUUGGGAGUAUUGACGGAAAGGAGAUGAGCUAAGAAUGUGCUUAUCCUUUUCCAUUGGAAACAGAACUUCAGAUCUUCAUUGCAUUCUGAGAGGCUUUUCAAUAUUAUUGUACCUUUGUAAUGCAGCAAUGCAAA